AUGCUGGGCGCUCCUGCUGGACUUUCCCUACUCGCUGUGCUUCUCGCCGGGAACGUCGCUGCAGCCAACGACUGGGAUGUCGCGUGCAACGGUACCUGCACGUAUGACCUUCCCGACGGGGGUGCAAGCAUUUACCUGUCGGGAGCGAGCAACGCCGUGUCUGACCUGACCACCGCCGGUGGAUGGACGACCCUCAGCUGCAAGUCAACCACCAACACCCAAACCAUCCGCACCGUCUGCCAGUCUGAAGCCUGCGAGCACAUCUUUGAAGGUCAAGGCGCGGUCGAUACGGUUGUGCGGCUGCCUGAGACGUGUGGAACGGCGCCCUUCGCUCGCAUCGUCAAUGCGACUGUGGACCCGGACCAGAGCAUCCCUGCAGGUGCCAACGUUUCGUCGAGCCAGGCCGGAUCCACGAUCGGCACUGUCUAUUUGAUUGGCAUAGACGUCGAUUUCGCUGCCGUGAAUCCCCAGGUAACUGGACCCGUGUCUUUCCAAAUGUCGACCAACUCCUCCGACGGUCCGGUAACGAGAAGGGCUAUUACACUCACCCCCGGUUCGACUGUCACUCUACCGGCCAUUAUCGUCGACGAGACAUUCCCGCUUUCUUCGGAGUCGAUUGCGUGCGAUGGAUUCAACGCCUCUGUGUCGACUCAGUUUGGCAUCCACGUGAACGCGUCGGUGACGUUGGGACUCAACAUCGGUGGGACAGUCAUCCCCUCCAACGUUAGCCAGUUCUCGGUCUCUGCGGGACUCGACGGCAGUAUCAUCGGCACGCUGGGUGUCCAAACUACGGCUUCGGGGACAUUUUCGACCGGAAAGAUCGCCCUCUUCACUGUUCCGAUCGCCGGAUACGACAUCCCGGGUAUCUUCUCUCUUGGCCCGUCUUUUACCAUCUACGGACAAGCGGACUUGCAGCUCGGUUCCGAGCUCGACGUUGAGCUCGACCUGGCGUACAACAUUAGCGGAGCACACACCUCCGUCCCCACCCAGAAAAUUGCCCCCGGUGUCACGCCGGCUAAUAGCAACUUCAAACUCUCGGUCGUGCCAGGCCUGGAGGCCAACGCGACCGUCACCGCUAGCCUGAUCCCAGAGCUGGAUAUUGGUUUUGAUGUCUUUUCUGGCCUUGCCUCAGCCGGGGUCUACCUCAAUCUCGAAGCCGAUGCCAUUAUUGGCCUGUCAAACUUCGAUGCCUCCUCGGGCUCUCAGGUGACGGGCAACAACACAUCUGGCCAGGUCAGCGGCUGCAUCGACAUUGACUCGGGCUUCUCCGUCAAUGUCGGCGCCGACGGAUCUCUCUUCAACUUCAUUUCCGGAGGCGUCAACUACGCCCUCUACAACCAGACCUGGGACCUGUACGACCAGUGCUUCUCCAGCGCUGCCAGCUCAGUCCGUCGCCAGGAUGCGAUCAUCGAGGCCGCCCCGACAAAGAGCUUGGAGCGCCGUGACUCCUUGUUUUGUCCCGAAAACCUCCUCGCCCUGGAACGCAUCAUCAGCCAGGUGCUCAAAGCGGUCGGUGGUGGAAAGUCCGGUCGGAGCAGUGUUGAUGUAGCGGAGCUGUCGUGGGGCAAGCAUACCCACAUGGUCUAUGCGUUCGCCGAAACUACCUCGCAGCCGGAUAACAUCACCGUUGAUGCUGGGUCGCUGAAGCGUUUUGUAGCCUCCGCUCGUGUGCAUAACGUCUCUCCUCUUCUUGCUAUCGGUGGCUGGACAUCCUCGCGCUACUUUUUCUCCGCCGUAGAGUCAAUGCACAGCCGCGCGGCAUUCGCAUUCGCAAUCCUGGGUCUGGUCAAGACGCACGAUCUGAAUGGGAUCGAUUUCGAGUGCUCUGGCUCAGAAGGCAUCGGGAGCAACUUCGUGUCGCCGUCCGACUCCGACAGCUUUCUUCUCCUCCUGCAAGAGCUGCGUGCCAAGUCCGACAGCCUGCAGCUUACCGCCGCGGUUGGAAUGACGCCAUUCUCCGGGUCCGAUGGCGCGCCGAUGAGGGAUGUGUUAGAGUUCGCGAAGGUGCUAGAUCGAAUCGAACUGAUGGUGUACGAUGUGUGGGGAUCGACAACGCAUUAUGGUUCUGUCACAUCGGCUGUGCAGGAAUGGACUGGUGCGCAGUUCCCCGCCGACAAGAUAGUCCUCGGCCUCGCAGCUUACGGCCACAGCUUCAGAGUCACGCCGUCGAAUGCGCUCGUGCACAGCCAUCUCGACACCUCUGCCGCUGUCUCUGGAACCACGCCUCCGGGGCCCAACGACACAGACACGAACCCGACCGCUGUCAGUGGAACCUACACCUUUGCGGAGCUCGUCUAGACGGGGUUUCUUGACGAUGAGGGGCACGCGCUGGUGAACUAAGCGAUCGACGCGUGCAGUCGGACGCCGUUUGCGUAGACGAGAAGAAAAAGAUUAUGGUCUCCUACGAUGAUGCAAGCUCUUUCGCGGCUAAAGGACAGUACAUUCUCGAUUCCCAUAUUGCCGGAUUCUCGGUCUGGGAUGUCACAGGCGAUCAUCAGAAUAUCCUGAUUGAUUCUGUGCAUAGCGCAACGGGGUUGGGAGACUGGAAUUUGCUGUCGGUCAUAGAGAUCAACCGACUGCAAUAGAGCAUACACGCAAAACAGAUGUGGCGCUCAUCUGCCUCGCGCUCCACAGCUCGUUGUUGCCGGACGUACAGCAUUCAAUUAACCCGAAAACUAGCCCGUAAGCUUGUUCCGUUGAGAAGUUAGUGUGUAUUUGAGAUAAAUGGAUGGAUGCUCAUUCUUCGUGAGCACUGAAGCUUACCCCGGAAGUAGAUCAAAUUUAACCAUCAAACUUCCGUUUACCAUCGAGAUUGCCAAGAGGUCUUUUUAGCGUUGCGGAGGUGAUUCUAGUGACUUAGAUUGACUUGAAAAUGUGUGAGAUUCGCCUUGAUAUACCUGGAGACUUUCCCUGCUCCAGAAUAAGUACGGAUUCACAAUAGAU